UGCAGCGGAGGCGGGGUUUAAAUACCUGAGGUGGGCGGGGCUGUUCCUGUCUGACAGAAACAACUCCCCGACCUUUGAGUCCAGCAGGGAGAGGAAGACAGAAACCCGACAAAGUCAAGACCAGGAUGGCCACAACUUUCACCCAGGACACGGUGUUACAUUACCUCCGGAGCAGCGGGGGCUCGGUGAAAAACUCAGACCUGCUUCUGCAUUUCCGAAACUUCAUUCGGGACCAUUCGGACCAAGUCCGGAACCGGGAGCUCUUUAAAAAGUUUGUUAACUCCGUGGCCACCGUCCAACAGCUCGACGGUGUUUCUUACGUCGUUCUCAGGAGGAAAUUCAAAGGAUAUGUCCCCGCCGGCGGUGAAGAGGGCUCCCCCGGGCCGCUGCGACUCCCAGCAGGGAGGAACACGGAGCCCUCCACGGAGAGCACGACGCUCAGCCCGGCGGGGGGAGCAGAAACGCCCCGGCUGAGGGAGGAGACAGCACCUGCUCCUCCAGGAGGAACCGCCGGGAAAACAGCCCUACCUGCUGCUGGGAUCAUACUGAACAACAACAACAACGUGGAAACGAACCUGAACCUGAAACAGGAGCAGGUAAACAGCACACGUGAGGUCUCAGGUAGACCAGAAGCAGCUCAGGUGAGUCAGAUCUCCAAGAGAAGAGAUGUGAAGCCCCCCAGUCUGUCAGAAGCUCCUGUCCAGGAUCGCCGCAUUAGAGUGGGGCAGCAAUCGGUGGGCUUUGGUCCUCUUCCAGGGAUCACACCUGUGGGCCCUGCAGUCAGACAUCAUGGACAACCACAGCAGGUCCGGGUCCGAGUCCCAGAACCCCUGAGAGGGAGGGAGGCCUGUCUGCAACCUAAAGCAGGUCUUCAUCAGCAGCCCCCCUUUAAUCACAGUCUUCAUCAGGAGCCUCCCCUUCAUCAUAGUCGUCAUCAGGAGCCUCCCCUUCAUUACAUGAAUCGUCAUCAGGAGCCUCCUCUUCAUCAUAGUCUUUAUCAGGGGCCUCCUCUUCAUCAUAGUCGUCAUCAGGAGCCUCCCCUUCAUUACAUGAUUCGUCAUCAGGAGCCUCCUCUUCAUCAUCAUGUGAAUCUUCAUCAGGGGCCUCCUCUUCAUCAUCAUGUGAAUCUUCAUCAGGAGUCUCCUCUUCAUCACAGUCUUCAGCAGGAGCCUCCCCUUCAUCAUGUGAAUCGUCAUAAAGAGCCUCCUCUUCAUCAGGAGCCUCCUCUUCAGCACAGUCUUCAUCAGGAGCCUCCUCUUCAUCAUGUCAAUUUUCAUAAGGAGCCUCCUCUUCAUCAGGAGCCUUCUCUUCAGCACAGUCUUCAUCAGGAGCCUCCUCUUCAUCAGGAGCCUCCUCUUCAGCACAGUCUUCAUCAGGAGCCUCCUCUUCAGCACAUCAAACUUCAACCUGAGAUGGGCCCACGUCGCUUCAGACACCGGCAGAGCUACAAAUCUGCUGUCUCUUACGAUGAAGAUGAGGAAGAGGAGGAGGACCCGGUUAGACAGGGUUCAGCAGGAGGAGCGUGGCCCCUGAGCGCUCCACUCGGAGAUAUGGGGAAGGCCAUGUCUGCCUCCUUGCCGUGCAUCAUAGACACACCUGCACCUCCCUCUGUAGCCUCCUCCUCUUCCUCCUCUUCAUCAGAAAAGAAGCUUCCAAAGAUUUACAUCCAGGAUGUGAAAGGGGAGAUGCUGCCCAUUGGAGGCCCAGGCUGUGGCUUGAAGUCAGGAGUGGGACACAGGGGUCAGUGGGCUGCGCCAGGCUUGCAACCUGUAUCUGUUCCAGUGGAGUCAAUGUCCACCAGACGCAGUCUGCCUUUAGAGGCAGAGCGCCGCAUACCGUCUCCAGACCGAGCUCAAGAGGUGGUGCCUCACCGCGAGGUCCACACAGACCGCAGGUACUCACAGCCUGCACCUGUCCAGCUGGAGACCAGGCAGAGGCCGGAUCAAAACCAAAGGGUGCGGUUGUCGUCCAGCCACAGCAGCAUCUUCUCUCCAUCAUCUGAUACAGGAAUUUCCAACAGCGACUGGCCACCUUCAGCUUCCUCCAGAGGAUCAGAGUGGAACAGCAGCUGCGAGGAUCUACAUGCUCGAACAGGAAAGACUGGCAGUGGCUCUCAAAUCCAGGUAGUACCCCAGCGGGCCCAAAGGACCAAGUUGGAGUCUGAGACACAUCAUGCAAACAUUAAAACCACAGCUCAGUCCACAGCGCACUCGACCGGCUUCCAUCGCUCUAUGGGUAAUCUCCAUGACGACCAGGAGUCUUCAGUUCAUCUAACCUCCUUCCAUCACUCUACAGGUGAUCUCUAUGAUGACAGUGAGGAGGCAGAGUCUAGCGAGGGUUCCACCUCUACGCCGGUGUUGCGACAGCCCCUGACAGUCGCCAGGCAGCUCAGUAGCCAGUUGAGGAGCAGGAUGUGCCGCAGCUUGGGAGCCGACCUCGACCAGCUCCUGCAGGAGGAGGCAGGAGGCGGAGGAGGAGGAGGCAGUGAGGCGGCCCGUCUGAACCGCCUCCACCUAAUCUCCUCCUCCCUCAGCCUUCGCUACAACCUGUCGUCGUCCUCGCUCUCGUCCUGUUCCACACCACCUCGCUGCCACAGCCUCGCAGACCUGGUGGAAAGAGGAAGAGAGGGGAAAGGAGGGAGGAGAAGCCUCCCUGCUGGCUCCUCCUCAGCUGCCCAUCAUGAAGGUCCCAAUAAACAGUCACUAGUUCCUCUGGACCCAAAGGAGCACGCCUGGCUGGUGAAAGGGGCGGCAGGCGCCUGGCCCGACAUCUACUCUCUGUUCAGAGAGGACUCGUCUCUGCUCAACAGACGAGACUUCAUCUCCGGCUUCACCGUGCUGCACUGGAUCGCCAAACACGGUGACCACAGAGUCCUCAACACGUUAUGGUAUGGAGUUGAAAAAGCCGGUAUGACCUUUGACAUAAAUGCCAGGUCAGCAAGCGGCCACACACCUCUCCACAUCGCCGCCAUCCACGGCCACAAGAACAUAAUGCGGCUGCUGGUCAGCAAGUUCAACGCAGACGUAAAGCUGAGGGAUACAGCGGGAAAGAAGCCGUGGCAGUACCUGAACCGCACCACGUCGUCAGAUGUCUUCCAGCUGCUGGGAGCGCCGGCACGGGCUGUUUUGAGAGGAGAGGGAACGGUCGAGAAAGACGACUCCAGCUUGAGACCCGAACAGCCUCGCCGGCGGCGGCGGCAUCACUUCUCCACAGCGUCAGGACAGAGGCCAGUGACCGUUGCAGGCAUGGUGAAGGUCAAAAGGUCAUCGUCGAUCGCUGCGUUACUCAAACACAAAUCGAUGCGGCGCUUUUACGGACAUCAGUCCGACUCCUCCGUUUAAACGCAUCAACUGAUGGAUUAAGUUUGGAGUUCUGGAACCUCAUAGGUUUACUCUCCCCUCAAGUGAACAACUGUUUGUGGACCUGCUGACCUGGCAGAUACUCUCCACAGGUUCUUCACCUCUGCUUCAGCCCAUUUGAUCCUGACUACAGCAAAGAAUGAUGCAUUGUUGCCUUUUAGUGUUUAUACAAGAGCUGUAAAUAGGAAGUUCUAGAGAUUGAUAAGUAGCUGAUUGGUUGGACAGUCCUGCAUCAUCAGGACACACGUGGAGAAAUCAAAUUCUGGUGAGUGACAGCUGAUCUGCAGCACUUUAAUGCUUCUGUUUAUGUUUUCUGGUGUCACAAAGAACUUAUAUAGAAAUAAUUAUAAUAAUAAGUAUUUUUAGAAAGCAAAUUGACCCCAUGUUAUUAAUAAUGACUAUCAGGUAAAGAGAAAAAGAUUUUACAGGAGUGUUACUGUGGGUUAUGUCACACUUUUUAAUGAUCUUAAUGAGCGGCCAAAGUUCACAGAGCAGGAAAUUACUUGCUUUUGACUGUCGGUGAUUAAUCAGGGAGGAUUCCUGCACUGCUGUACAUGAAUACAGACUGAUAAGAUAACUUCAUGGACAGCUCCCAAUGACCACAUGGAUUUAUUCAGAAUUUAUCAUUUGAAGUUAAGUUAUCAGUUACUAUUAAAAAAAAAUCCUGCGGUUGUUCUGUUGCUUUCAUCAAACUGCACUUGGAUUUGCUCGUAUACUGCAGCUUCCCUGAAAGCUGCUGCUCGUUCCUGCUGUGGAUAAGCGGAGCCUCGACACAGUCCAAAGCCUCUCAAACUGUGAGUGUGUGUGUGUGGUGCCCUGACCCAAAAAUGAGCUCAGUCCAAAUGACGUGCAACAACAGAGAGCACUGGUUUCUGAGACCGAGCGUUCAGUUUCACUGGAUGUGAAAGACAAACAAAAGAUGGUAUCACAAAGACUGGCGGAUCGGAGACAGCAGGAGGCGUUUAGCGAGCACUUGGCGGAGAGGAUUGGUUUUCAGCAUGAUUGUCUGAUGUCAUUGUUGUGAGAGGGGAAGGGAAGAAAAGGUGUGAGUUUAUGAGCCAACGUGAGCUCUAGUUUCAGUCUGAAGAUUUCCUCACAGGACAGUCGGCCGCUGAGAUGACACUGCAGCUUUUUAACACAUCUGUUCUCUGCUCACACGAACUUCACUGUUUCCAAAUCAUCCAUCAUUUAUUUUCUUUUAUUUCUUCCUUCCAGGCAGCCUUCAGUUUCUAUCAAAAGUAACUUUCAGUGAAUGAAACGUAGGUAGGAGGCACUAACUGUGUGAAGAUUCACUUUGUUGGCACUGUUCGAGGUGUUGGAAGUCAGUGGGGGGAUUUUUCAAAGAUAUCUUUGGUUCAUUAGUUGUAUCUUUCAGUUGUUUCUUAUCAGGUAUGAAUGUCGACUCAGCCGUUUAGAUCUGGGAAUGUGCUGAUUAAAAAGAACUCUCACAGCUCGAGAAACCUGAGCAGCCAAGACGAUCAGACAGGCUGUGAACACACCCAGAGGUUAUUCAAACAUACAAAGUGAUGAUCCGAGUGGAGUGCAUGUCAAGAGCCUAGCCCGACUCCCUGUUUCCAGUCUUCUAGUGUGCUAAGCUAAGCUAACCAUAUGCUGUCUGUAGACAAACUACAGUGAUCUUCUAUUUGGUGUUUUAUUUAACCGCACUUUGUUUUCAGAUGUUGGUUUCAUUUUGUACAUCCUCAUGAUGUGCACACAGUCGUGUUAUUGUCCACCUCUUGGGUUUUGUUUUUUUGUUUUUUGUUUUUUUGCCACAGUUACAUUAUCACUGCAUGGUAGUGUGUUGCAUUUAUGUUCUGCUUGGACAUUUGAAAACUGAGAAUUGAGAAAUAGCAAACUCCCUGCUGAUCGCAGAGCUUCUUGUUAGCACUUGAACACAGCAGAUGUCACAGUCUGAUAAAUAAGCAUGUGAUGAACACAGCAGACUGUGGAUUAUUUCUCUGAAAGUUGUUUUUCACAGAAAUGAAGUGAAAUCAAUGGCUGCCCGAGGGAAGGGAAGCAAUUUAAGAACUGAUGGAGGGUUUGAAACAGGAUGAAUAAAACUGAUUGUGCUUUAACGUCGACACCAGGAUGAGCCGGGUGUGUGGUAAAUUAUUACCGUCUGGUGUUUACUGUAAUUUGGUGUUCCACAUUAAAGAUGUACAGUGUUUUUCACACUACUGGUCAAAGUUAUACACUGAGUAUUAAAUAUGUUUCACAGUU